AUGUCCGCCCACGCCUCAAGCUCAGGAGCGCCCCCCCCUCUUCCCCCACCAACACACCCAUUGACCAACCCUCAUGGCAACCCACCAACCUCCAUCUCUCCAACCCUCCCCUCCUCAUCCUCCUCCACGCACUCCCCAAGCAUCAGCAUGACCUCUCCCUCCAUCCACUCCCCAGAAACCGCACGCCAGAUCGCCGAAGCGCGCGCUGCCCUCGAAGCCUCCAUGACCAACAUCGGCUCCUCGCUGGACACCACCCUUCGCUCGCGCGCGCAGGACCUGCACUCCAACUCCAAACAGCUUGAGAAGCAGCAGAAAGAUGUAGUGAAGGCGACAGAGGCGUUGAGGAAGGAGAGCGAUAAGCUGAAGAAGGUCGCGGAUGAGGGGAUGAAGAGGGUCAAGGAGUUGGGGAACGUGCAGAAUUGGGCAGAGAUGUUGGAGCGGGAUUUUUUGGUGUUGGGAGAGACGUUGAGAUUGGUGGAAAGGGGGAGUGAGAGUGAGGGAAGUAGUUAUACUGGGAGCGAGUGGGAGACUAGUAGUGAAGGGAGUAGAGAUGAGGAGUGUGGUAGAGAGCCUGCUAUUGGGUUGGAAGGGGGAGGAGAGGGAAAGAGCAUGGAGAGGGAUGCCGGGUCUAUGGGCGAUGCGCCACCCCUGGAAACGCCAAAUCAGACGAAUGUUGAUGCAGAUGGAGAUACCCAGAUGGAUGGCACAGAGAGUGAGGUUCGAGAUAAGGGGAAAGGAAAGGCCGUUGAGGUUGUGAGCGAUACUCUGACUGAGGAUCAAGUUGCUCCUAUGGCUGGAGGUUCAUCGACAGCUACUGCUACGAAUGGUUCUACUUCAGACCCUUCGUCGAGUUCCAUUCAUACGGCUGCUUCGGCGGCUAGCUAA